AUGCCCCAAAAUGAAGACGAUCAAUCCAACUCAAUUCAUUCCACUGCUACUGAAAUUUCAAAUACAAGAGAUAUUGGCAACUAUGUAGGUUUUAAAUUUAAUAAAAUAAAAGACGACGAACUUUAUGAUAUUCUACGUGAUCCGUGGAUUCCACAUGAACAUUUUAUUUUUCCUCUAAUUUCUCAAGGAGAUAAAAAUCGUUCCUUUAAACUUCACUGGAUAAAUGAGUAUCCCUGGUUGUCUUAUAGCCAAAAACUCGGAGGAGCUUUUUGUAGAAUAUGUGUUUUAUUUGGAAGCGAUGAGGGAGGUCGUAGUCGUGUAAAACUAGGAAAAUUAGUUACAAUACCAUUAUCUCUUUACAAAAAAGCAAAAGAAAAUUUUAAGGCCCAUCAAAAUAAUGACUACCAUAAGAAUUGUGUUUUUAAAUCUGAUAAUUUCAUAAGUGUUAUGAAUGGAAAAAUACAAAAUAUAGAAACAACAUUAGACACUGCUAUGACACGUAAAGUUGAACAAAAUAGGCAAAAAUUAAUCCCUAUUAUUGAAACCAUACUAUUUUGUGGCCUACAAAAUAUAUCCUUACGCGGUCAUAGAGAUGAUGGUUCUAUAAAUUCUGUUGAUGACGAUAUCAAAUAUCAAAAAGGAAAUUUUAAGGCUUUAUUAGAAUUUCGUAUUAAUGCUGGAGAUCAAAUUCUAAAAGAGCAUUUCAAAUCUGCAACAAAAAAUACUACCUAUAUUACUGAUGAGACGACUGACGUAAGUAUUUCUGAACAAUUUUCAUUUUGUGUUCGGUAUUUUGAUUCGGCCACAUGCUCAAUACGGGAACAUUUUCUUGGAUUCACAAAGGUUGAACAUGUAACUGGUGAAUAUUUAGCUGACACCAUUAUACAAAUAUUAAAAGAAAAAAAUUUAGAUCUUGCUCUGCUUCGAGUACAAGGAUAUGAUGGUGCCGCGAAUAUGAGUGGUGCGUUUAAAGGAGUACAAUCUCGAAUUGCAAGUUUACAGCCUCUUGCAUUUUAUACUCACUGUGCCAACCACAGAUUAAAUUUAGUGCUCAGUAAAGCAAGCACUGUACCUUCAAUUCGCAACACAGUCGGAAUAAUAACAAAUAUUUAUAACUUCUUAAGGGAAUCUGCUUUAAGAACUCAACUUUUGAGUGAAAAAAUUACAGAACUUUUUCCACAUCAAAAAGCAGUAAAAGCUAAAAAGUUGUGUGAAACACGUUGGGUCGAAAGACAUGAUGGAAUUUUACAUUUUUUGGAAAUAUUACCAGCUAUAAUAGUUACAUUAGACGAAUUAAGCCUUAGCAACCAUACAGGAAGCAAUGCACAAUCUCUACCUGCAGCUAUUUACGAUAAAAUAUUGAAUGCGGCCAAGACAUAUGAAGCAGAUUUACCUCAUAGUAUUGAAGCACUACGCGGUGAGUUAAAUUUAUGGAAACAAUUUUGGAAAAAUAAACCAGAAAAGGCUGAUUCUUCAAUGGAAGCUUUUAAAUAUGCAUCUAUGUUUCCUAACAUUAAAUGUCUUUUAACAAUUCUUAGUGUGAUACCUAUAACAACAGCAAGUGCUGAAAGGUCAUUUAGUUCUUUAAAAAGAAUUAAAACUUACCUACGAUCGACAAUGAGCCAGGAAAGACUUAACGGCUUAGCAAUGUUGCAUAUAAAUAAAGAUAUUCAAGUAAAACCAGGAGAAGUACUAGAUGUGUUUGCUAAAAAACAUAAACGAAAACUUCAAUUCGACCUAUGA